GCCCUCGCCCUGGCAUUUCCCCGGGCUUGCGAGUCAGGUGGUCCCAACUUCGCCGCUAGCUGUCAGUCCCGUCGUUCCAGUAGCUCAGGUCCGGAGGCCGACGGCGUCACAGGCUCUGCGACAUGUCGAUGCUGGCUGAGCGUCGACGGAAGCAGAAGUGGGCUGUGGACCCAAGAAACACCGCGUGGAGUAACGAUGAUUCCAAGUUCGGCCAGAGGAUGCUGGAGAAGAUGGGGUGGUCUAAAGGAAAGGGUUUAGGGGCCCAAGAGCAAGGAGCCACAGAUCAUAUUAAAGUUCAAGUUAAAAAUAACCACUUGGGACUUGGAGCCACAAUCAAUAAUGAAGACAACUGGAUUGCUCAUCAGGAUGAUUUUAACCAGCUUCUGGCUGAACUGAACACUUGCCAUGGACCAGAAACAGCAAACUCCUCCUCAAACGACAAGGAAAAGAAAUCUUUCAGCCUUGAAGAGAAGUCCAAAACCUCCAGAAACCGCGUUCAUUAUAAGAAAUUCACAAAAGGCAAGGACCUAUCAUCUCGGAGCAAAACAGAUCUUGACUGCAUUUUUGGGAAAAGACAGAGUAAGAAGACUCCUGAGGAUGACCCCAGCCCCGCCACCGUGGAUGGCAAUGAGACCUCCACUGCGACCACCAGUGCCUUCACCAUCCAGGAGUACUUUGCCAAGCGGAUGGCUGAGCUAAAGAACAAGCCACAGGUCAUGGCUGCAGGGCCUGACCUUCCAGAGACCCAAAUGGAAAGGAAAGAAGGAAAGAAAAGAAAGAAAGAGGCAAAAGAUAAAAAUGUGGAGAAUUACACCCAAUCCAAGAUCAAGAAAAAGCGAGACCGAGUUGAGCAGCAGCUCGCAGACCCUCAUGGGGACGAGAAUCCUGGCGCUUCUGCUGAGGAUGGAGAGGCUCACAUGUGGCCACUGGAUGGCCAGGACUUACCACCAAAGCCCAAAAAGAGAGAAAAGAAAAACCUACAAAAGCAAGUCGAGACAGUAGUGGAUGCCACACUAGAUGAAACACCAGUGAAAAAGAAGAAGAAAAAGAAGAAAGGUUCCAAAUAAACCCUCUCCAGCCAGGGCCUCCCAGCCGCUCAGGUGUCGGGGCGCUGCCAGGCAAACGCCUUGGCCUGCAGUCAGGGCAGAGUUCACCCCAGAGAGUCUGUGCACAUCCUUUAACAUGCCCGCGGUUGCUGAGUCUCGCCCUCUCACCACAUGUUUCCCAAAUCAUAGCCCCAGAAGAACUUCUUAAUGUUCCAAAUCAUGGCUCUCAAAAACAAGUUUCUUUGUAGACUCUGAGACCUUCGCCAUGAGUGUUCAUUCAUAUUCGUAUGCAUGCAUCAAGUGAUGUAUGUGUGCACCUGUGUGUGUAAAUAUAUCACAAUCUAUAUUUACUUUUGACUUACUUCAAUAGCAGUGAAUUAUACUUCCUUCUGAAGAACUUAGUCUCAUUAAAGGAUUAAGGGUAAUAGUUUAGAUUCAGAUAGUUCUUUUUGUUCUA